AUGGGACCCCUCAUCCUCUCGCGGGCGACCGAGGCGGACAUGCCCGAGAUCGCCGCCGUCGAGUACCGCAGCUUCUCGCCCUUCAUCCGCGAGAUGUUCAUGGGCUGCCGGUCCGAGGCCGACAUCCCGCGCCUCGCCGACUGGUACGCGCGGCGGCUGCGGACCGACCCCUUCGACGUCUGGAUCAAGGUCGUCGACGCGGCGACGGGCCGGCUCGUGGCCGCGAGCGAGUGGAAGGUGUGCCCCAACGGGCCGGGGCCCGACGACGAGCCGCCCGAGUGGCUCGAGGGGGAGUCGCUGGAGAGGUCGCGCCGGAUGAUGGGGGCGAUCAACGCGGCGAGGAGGAAGGCGAACCCGGCGGGGCGGAGGGGUGCCGGUGCCAUGAUGCUGAAGUGGGGGUGCGACCUGGCGGAUCAGCUGUACCUGCCUGGCUGGAUCGAGGCGUCGCCGGAGGGCAACUUCCUGUACAAGAGGUUUGGGUUCUACGACUUUGAGAACGCGGCGGGGGAGCUGGCCGGGACGAACAUGCGGAGGGACCCGAAGAAGGAGGCCAUCGUGGGGGGUAAGGAGGCCGAGAUCAAGGAGGAUCCGGCGCCGAUAGCUGUGUAG